AUCAACAACCUGCUGGUGUGUACCAAGUGACUAGUAUCGCCCAAGAGACGCUACGGACCACAACACCCGCCAUGGUUCUCAGCCAGACCACCACAGACAACUCUCUCUUCCCUAUUGUCGAGCUCAUCGACGGGCUGAAGAACGACGAUGUGCAGUUGCGUGUCGAUUCUAUCAAAAAACUUUCCACUUUCGCUCUUGCAUUGGGGGUGGAGCAUACACGAAAUGAGUUGAUCCCAUUCCUGACAAAUGGAAUAUAUGAUGAAGGUGAAGUCUUGCUGGCACUAGCUGAACAACUGGGUUCAUUCACUCCACUGGUUGGCGGGUCAGAAUAUGUUCACUGUUUACUACCGCCUCUUGAGGGUUUAGCUACAGUUGAAGAGAAAGAUGUGCGAGAUAAAGCAGUUGAUUCAUUGAGGAAAAUUUGUGUGGAACACAACUCGGAAGACCUUGAAACUCAUUUUGUACCUGUAGUUAAACGCUUGGCUAUCGGUGACUGGUUUUCAUCACGUACUUCUGCCUGUGGCCUGUUCUCUGAGUGUUACCCAAGAUUAUCAGUGGCUACCAAGGCUGAGCUACGUUCCUACUUCCGCUCGCUGUGCCAGGACGAUAACCCAAGAGUACGAAUGGUGGCAGCGGAGAAGCUGGGAGAGUUUGCCAAAGUGGUUGAAGUGGAGUACCUGGAGUAUCUCAUUCCCAUGUUUCAAGUAUUGGCACAGGAUGGGCAGGAAUCGGUACGGUUGUUGGCAGUGGAGGCAUGCAUCAGUUUGGCUGGCCUACUCCAGCAAAAGGAUGAGAAAAUACGUGUGAUGCCUAUACUAUGCCAGGCCUCUGAAGAUAAGUCUUGGAGGGUGCGGUACAUGGUAGUAGAUCACUUCAUAGAUCUCCAGAAGGCUGUGGGACCAGAAAUCACCAAGACCAAUCUUGUUCCUAUUUUGCAGAGUUUACUAAACGAUGUUAAAGAAGAGGUGCGUGCAGCAGCAGCUAGGAAAGUCGAUGAAUUUUGUCAGAAUAUGGAUCCCAGUGUCAAGGAAAAAAUUAUAAUGAACAACAUUCUUCCAUAUGAUAAGAAUUUGGAUUGUGAAGUUAAUGAAGUGCCAGAUAAUAAAGCAGUAAUAGGGUUUGCUCAGUUAACAAUCUGUGACUGACAUGGUUGUGUGUGCUUCCCCAACACACGGUCACCAGCACCAUCUCCUGCGUUUUGUGAGGAAAGUCCAAGGUGUCAGCCAGGUGGCUAAGCAACAGUUUUCAUAUGAUUUGUUUGCUACAAAAAAUACGAAAUUCAAUUUUUUAUUAUUAGUUCAUUUUUUAUUAUUUUUUUUAAGAGUAAAUUUGGUAACCGAGGAAAAGCUCUUUUUGUAUACUGCGACAUUUUUGUUUUUUUAAAGUAAGUCUUGUCCUUCCUUAUAAAAAAAAAAUAAGAGUUUUGAUUAGAUUUUAUUAUUUUCAUAUAGUGCAAUAAAGUUAACUUAGCACUUACAUUUGUGUUAUAUACUAUAGCCAUAUUUACCAUGAUUAUUACCACCAUACAAAAAUGUUUUGUAAUCUCUUAGAGCAGAGCAGGUGUCAUGUUACAUGGAGAGGUCUUAUGUGUAAAGUGCCUCAACAUUAGCCUUUAAAAUAAAAUUGUUCAAUUGA